GUGGCGGCGUCAAUACGAGCAGCUGCCUCUCUUGACACGGACCCAGCGAAGUGAACAGAACCAUGUCACGAGUGGGCACCUUUUGAUGACGGCGACUGUUUUUUUUUUUCUCACACACAUUAUUCGUCGUGUUUUUCAAUUAGUGUGAGUGUGUGUUUGUGUGUGUUAGGGUGUUGUUGGACUGACACGCCCCCCCCCCCCCCACCAGGCUGGACGAUUGGACUGGCACGUGUAAACUCUGCUCGUUUCCGUUAUUGUUGUUGCUUGUUUGAAGUUGUCGCGGUUGUAUCUCGCCCCGAGAUGCGGACGCAGUCGCCGUUGGUGGCCGUCGUCGUCGUGCCGCUGCUGUUUGGCUUCUGGCCGUCUGUGCAGACCACGGUGGGGCCGCGGGAGGGCUGGCAAGUGUUCGGCUCUGCCCAGGACGCCGACGGCCGCUGCGUGUGCACGGUGGUGGCACCCGGGCAGAGUCUGUGCUCCCGGGAUGCCAAAGGACGCCAGCUGCGACAACUCCUGGAGAAGGUCCAGAACAUGUCGCAGUCCAUGGAGGUUCUCAACCUGCGUACUCAGAGGGACUUCCAGUACAUCGUGAGGAUGGAGAGCCUCAUUAAAGGUCUGCGCUCCAAAUUCAGACAAAUGGACUCGGACAGGAGGACGCUGGCCAGCAAAAACUUCCAGGAACUGAAAGAGAAGAUGGACUCGCUACAGCCGCUAAUCCCCGUGUUGGAGCAGUACAAGACGGACGCCAGGAUCAUCUCCCAGUUCAAGGAAGAGAUCAGGAACCUGUCGUCCGUCUUGCUGGCCGUGCAGGAACAAAUGGGGACAUUUGACUAUGACGAGCUCAAUCAGAAAGUCCUGAGCUUGGAAAACCGCCUGAGAAGCUGCAUGAGCAAACUUACAUGCGGCAAGCUGUUGAAGAUCAGCGGCCCGCUCACGGUGAAGACCUCCGGGACCAGAUUCGGCGCAUGGAUGACAGACCCGCAAGCUUCUCCUGAAAACAUCAAAGUUUGGUACAUGGACGGCUACACCAAUAACAAGAUCGUCAAGGAGUACCAAUCCAUGGCGGACUUCGUGUCGGGCGUGGAGUCUCGGACAUACAGCUUGCCCUUCAAGUGGGCGGGCACCAACCACGUGGUGUACAACGCUUCGCUGUACUACAACAAGAUGCAGAGCAACAUCAUCGUGCGCUACAGCCUGGAGACGGGCCGCGUGCUGACCCAGCGGGCGCUGGACUCGGCCGGCUUCCACAACGUCUACCCGUACACUUGGGGCGGCUUCUCCGACAUCGACCUGAUGGCCGACGAGCUGGGCCUGUGGGCCGUCUACGCCACCAACCGCAACGCCGGCAACGUGGUCCUGAGCCGCCUGGACCCCGACACUUUACGGCCGCUCGCCACCUGGAACACAGAGUACUCCAAACGCAACGCCGGCGAGGCCUUCAUGAUCUGCGGGACGCUCUACGUCACCAACUCGCACCUGACCGGCGCCAAAGUGUACUACACUUACUCGACCCGGACGUCCACCUACGAGUACAUCGACAUCCCCUUCCACAACCAGUACUUCCACAUGUCCAUGCUGGACUACAACGCACGUGAGCGAGCGCUCUACGGCUGGAACAACGGACACCAGGUGCUCUUCAACGUCACACUCUUCCACAUCAUCCAAAGCGACGACGACGCUUAAACGAGAAUGUUUGUUGCUCAUCCACGGUGAUUUCACCCGAGCUGUCAGUUCAAAUCCUGAACGUGAAACAACGAACUUCAACAACCGUUUCAUCGCUAAUUUAUGCUGUAUUUUCUCCGAAAUAGACUUCAUAGAGGAGGGCCUGAGCAGAGAUUCGAACACUCGACAGCGAGGCAAUCCCGUGAACAACUUUAACAGCAAUUUUCUUUUGAAGGCCAAAUGUUGUUAGCUUUGAAAAUUGUGUGUAAACUUUUGUGGGCUAUGUUUCUAGGAUUGAGUUGCAGUCUUUGUUUUGUACUGUGAUUUUUCUGCAGAAAUAAGGAUUUAACGGUGUAAAUAAGAAGCUUAUCAUAACAAUAAACAUAUUCUUCAUUAUUUA